UGGUAUAGAAAUGCCAAGCGGGGUUCGCACUUGACCCACAGGCGCAGCAGUUGUUCACGUCUUGUUCUUAUGUAAAGGGAACUCUUGUUCCUGCUCACACUAUUUGUCUUUGCCAGAUGCUCCGAGUCUUUAGCUUUGCUCUUUUGCUCAGUCUCCUCAUCCAGGUGGUGCUCUCUCAAGACACUAGCCUGAGGGAGGUAAAACAAGCGUUCGACGACGCUAACAUCCCGGAAGACAUCGAUCUCCCAUUCAACCCUAGAUUCCUCCUUGAAGUCUCGCUUCCCCAAACAUCAGGCUCUGUGAUCGUCCUCAAGGCAGGCGUCCAGCUUCCUCGCAAUGCAACCGUCGGGCCGCCUUCGUUUACUCUCGCUGGACACGACAUCAGGGACGGUCCCUUUGUCGUUGCGGCUAUUGAUCCCGACGCUCCCAGUCCGCAGAAUACAACUAAUGCCCAAGUUCGACAUUUCCUCGGAGGCAACUUCGUGUCAUCGCGCCGCUCUCCAGGUCGUGCUAUCCUAACAAACACGACGGCCGCUGUUUCGGACUGGCGUCAGCCCACCCCUACUGCUGGUACCCAUAGGUGUGCUUAUAUAGGCUUGUAUCUAUUGUUAUUAUUCACAAGUUACAGAUAUACUUUCCUGGUGUUCAAUCAGCCACGAGGUUUCAAUGGCCAGACUCUUGUUAACGCCACUACACCUAUCACAAUGUUCAACAUCAGCGAAUUUGGUGAAGCGGUUGGCCUCGGAAACCCCAUUGCAGGAACUUUCAUGUUAGUAGCUGCAGAUUCUGCGUAGGAAGUACUUUGUAAAAAAUUGUGUAUGGUACAAGGUGAUUGUAUGUAUGCUUGGUAUUUCUGGACAAUAUUCAGAGAUCUCGCCGG